GGUCAGCUGAUUUGUCUGGUUGAGUGGAGGAGGAAAAGGGAGAAAUAGCGGAUAAGAAAACAACCAUGGCGGCCGAGAUUCACUCCAGGCCUCAGAGUUCGAGACCUGUUCUGUUGAACAAGAUCGAAGGCCAUCAGGAUACCGUGAACGCUGCCGUACUGAUUCCCAAAGAGGAUGGAGUUAUCACUGUCGGCGAGGACAGAACUAUUCGAGUUUGGCUGAAGAGGGACAGCGGACAGUACUGGCCCAGCAUUUACCACACGGUGUCCUCUCCAUGUUCCUGCGUGUCGUACCACCAUGAUAGCAGGCGCAUCUUUAUUGGUCAGGACAAUGGCGCUAUUGUGGAGUUCCUCAUCUCCGAAGACUUCAACAAGAUGAAUCACGUCAAGACCUAUCCAGCGCACCAGGGGCGUGUGUCGUGCCUGCUGUUCUCGCUGGCCAAUGAGUGGGUGGUGAGCUGCAGCCAUGACAAGAGCGUCAGCUGGAUGUGCACGCAGACAGGAGCCAUGCUGGGCCGACACACCUUCAGCGCCUGGGCCUCCUGCCUACAGUUUGACCAUGAUACCCAGCAUGCAUUUGUGGGCGAUUACUCCGGCCAGAUCACUCUACUGAAGCUGGAGAGACAAACCUACUCCACCGUCACCACCCUCAAGGGGCACGAGGGCAGUGUGGGCUCUCUGUGGUGGGACCCUGUGCAGAGGCUGCUCUUCUCUGGGGCGUCGGACCACAGCAUCAUCAUGUGGGACAUCGGAGGCAGGAAGGGACGCACACUACUGCUGCAGGGACACCAUGAGAAGGUUCAGGCGGUGCGUUACCUGCAGCUCACUCGGCAGCUGAUCUCCUGCUCAGCCGAUGGAGCCAUUACGGUGUGGAACAUGGACAUGCGCAGAGAAGAGGCUCCCCAGUGGCUGGACAGUGACUCGUGCCAGCGGUGUGAGCAGCCCUUCUUCUGGAACAUCAAGCAGAUGUGGGACACUAAGACCCUGGGGCUCCGCCAGCACCACUGCAGGAAGUGUGGUCAGGCUGUGUGUGGGAAGUGCAGCUCCAAGCGCUCCAGCUACCCCCUCAUGGGCUUUGAGUUCCAGGUGCGCAUGUGUGACUCCUGCUACAGCUCCAUCAAAGAGGAGGAUCGGACUGCUUUGGCCACGUUUCAUGAGGGGAAGCACAACAUCGCGUUCAUGGACAUGGACCCAAGCAGAGGCCUGAUGACCACUUGUGGCAGCGACCGCGUCGUCAAGAUCUGGGACAUGACGCAGGUGGUUGGCUGUAGCAUAGCAACGGGCUUCUCCCCCCGCUGAUGACCUUACUAGGCUCCGCCCCCCUCGCUCUGCAGACAGACAUCGUCAUGGGCCUGCUGUCGUCUAGGAAACGCCUCAUGCCCCCUCCAGCCUCCCCCAGAGUCUCCAUAGAGACGCAGGGCUGUGACAAACACACUGCCUCUGUGUUGAUCUGUGUGUGCGUGUGUGUGUGUGUGUGUGUGUGUGUAAGAGAGAGAGAGCGCUAUAUGUGGCCUGUAUUUUCUGAAGCACAAUAUUGUGUGUGUGUGUGUGUGUGUGUGUGUGUGCCCCUGCUUUCCCCUAUCCCAGUGUACUACUAGUUGGUUGUAGGAAAAAAAAUAAAUCUCCCCCUUCACCUGCUAGUCCUUUUCCUCCUCUCUCUCUCCCUCUCUUUCUCUCUCUCUCUACCUCUCUUUCUCUCUUUCUCUCUCUCUCUCUCUCUCUCUCCCUCUCUUUCUUUCUUUCUCUCUCUCUCGCUCUCUACCUCUCUUUCUCUCUCUCUCCUUCUCUUUCUCUUUCUUUCUCUCUCUCUCUCUCUCUACCUCUCUUUCUCUCUCUCUCCUUCUCUUUCUCUUUCUUUCUCUCUCUCUCUCUACCUCUCUUUCUCUCUCUGUCUCUCUCUCUCUUUCUCUUCCCCCCCCUCCAUCACUUGGCCUUAUAUUAAUGAGCUCAGGAGGGGAUGUUGGACUCAGUGGUUUCGAUGAUCUCAGAUAGUGGCGUGGGGAACUGGUCUGAACAGGUACUAUGGCGUGGGCCUGUAGCAUGGGGAACUGGUCUAAACAGGUACUAUGGCAAGACACCGCAGUAUCUCACUUUUUCGCAACUCUUUCUCACUACGACGCCGUUGUCUUAGCUCUCUGUCUCACUCUCUCACUCUCUCACUCUCUCACCGGUCAAAGGGACACAUUAACCUUUCAGACCACACUACCUGUCUGAAGUCCUGAUUACCCAAACCCUUUCCUGCCGCAAACCUCUCUCUCUCUUUGUCUGUCUGUCUGUCAUAGACUCCCGCUUUUCUCAAAAAUAUGACUCCUAGGUGUCUUUGCACUGAAUUGCACAAAUAGUGUGUGUCUGUGUCUGUGUGUGUGUGUGUGUGUGUGUGUGCGCGGGCAGGAGAGCACUGCUUGCCUUACACUAUAUUCCUCUUGUCACAUUCCUGGGAGUUUGUAGCAUAGCUGUAGCGCUCAUGUUUAUGCCCCUAUUCUGUAGUUGGGCUGAGCAGGGUUACCAUGGACACAGGACCCAUCAUCCGUGACGUCACAGUGGCCUCUGUGCUGUCACAAGUAGAAGCAAUGAAAGAGGGCCUGCUAUGGCAACUGCCACAUCGCGCAGAGCGGUGAUGUCACAGACACUGAGCAGCGUACUAUGGCAACCAUUCUGUGAUGUCACAAGGGAAAAGCUCCUCCUAGCAGAGCCGUCCAGUGUCAAACCUGCCAAUCAUCUUUCUGGCCAGUCACAGCACGGAACAAAGCCGUGAAGCACUUGUGAACCUUCUGAAAAGGAUCACCCCCCCCCCCCCCCCCCCACGCCCCCACGCCCCACUAGGGCUCUGAAACUGAUCCACACUCGCAUUUGUUGUGCAUUCUGGAGGUGUGUGUGUGUGCGCGUAUCUGUGUCUUUGUGUGUUUGUCCGUGUGUGUGUGUGUGUGCGUGUGCAUUGGUUAGUGUGUGUGUGUGUGUGUGUGUGUGUGUGUGCGCGCGCGUGUUUUUCCAGUGUUUUGUUUUUCUAACACUUUAGUGGCCCAGUGUAAAGUUGAGGCUGUU